AUGAGGUUAUACCGUGGACAAAAGAUUGCACAGAUUCUGUUGAACAGAGAAGAGGAAGGUUUACGGCAUUUAAUCGCUGACAGGAUCCAUUGGUAUGCUCCAAAUGAAUCAUUAUUGUGCGAAGAAGUUUGGAAUGCUUUUCACUUAUCUUUCUUAGAUGUAGACACUCAAAACUUUUUGGACUCUUCCACUGCUACAAGUGAGUCGUAUUGUCUGCAGGCAUUUUAUUCAUUUAUGACCUUGAUCCUUUCAACUAUAUUCUCAAAGACGUCUAUUAAUGGAGUCCUAAACCGAGGAGGUAUGUUUCUCUUCUCUACUAAUCAGCUGAAUGAGUUCCUGGGAGUCACAAACGAAUGGGAUAGAGCAGGGAAAACGCUUCUAGAUCUAGGUGCUGGAGAUGGUGGUAUUACACAGAUAUAUAGUAAUCUCUUCGAGAACAUCUACGCAACGGAAAUGUCUAAGACUAUGCAAUUCCGCUUGAUGGCAAAAGGGUUCAAUAUUGAAGAUGUUCAUGAUUGGCCUUCAGGAAAAAGAAAAUAUGAUUUGAUUUCGGCUCUCAAUUUGCUUGAUAGACAUUAUAAUCCGGAAAAACUUCUGAAAGACCUACACCAGUUAGCAUUUAGAAGUAAAUGUCCAGUCUUAUUAGGAAUAGUUCUUCCUCUGAAACAAUAUGUCGAGUUUCAUCCCUCAACAAGAACUCACAAACCAGAUGUAUACUUGAAAGUUCGAGGCUACACAUUUGAAGAUCAUUUACAAUCGCUUCUGAGUGAUAUACUGCGACCAGCAGGAUUCGAGCUUAUGAAAUGGACGAAGUUACCAUAUUUAUGUGAAGGAGAUUUCAAUAAGCCGUACUAUGUCCUUUAUGAUGCCGUGCUCUUACUACGUGCAUUACCCACUCAAGAUGUAUACAGUGAUUUUUUGAAUGAUGCAGAGAUUAUACAUGAGGAGCUUUAA